AUGGUUGCUGACGCCGAGAAGGUCAUCAUCGUUGGUGCAGGUCCGGCCGGUCUUCUACUGGGACUCAUGCUCUCCAAGAAGGGAAUUCCGGUACGGGUGUUGGACGCAGCUGAGGCGCUUGACACCCAGCCUCGAGCAACACAUUACCAAGCUCCUGCGGUCCACGAGUUGAAUCGCGCCGGGGUCUUGGAAGAGGUGCAGGCGCAGGGCUUCCUCCCCAAGACCGUCUGCUGGCGCAAGCUGGACGGCGAAGUGAUUGCCACGCUCAGCAGCGAGGGAAUGGAUCUCCCAGAAGCAGACAAGAUGCACUGCCUCCCUCUCGAUCGACUGGGUAAGAUCCUGCAAAGUCACCUGUUGCAGCAAAAGACCGCGAAGAUCCUCUGGAACCAUAAGGUCACGGGUAUCAGUCAGACGGAUGAGAAAGCAUUUGUCGACGUGGAGACUCCCGAUGGGCCGCAGAAGCUCGAAGCCGACUAUAUCAUCGGUUGCGAUGGCGCAAGUAGCCAGAUCCGAAGAUCGCUCUUCGGAGACUGGGAGUUUCCAGGCCGGACUUGGGAUGAGCAGAUUGUGGCAACCAAUACCUACUACCCAUUCGACAAGUUUGGUUACAAGGAAUCGAACUUUAUCAUUCAUCCUGAGCACUGGCACAUGGCCGCAAAAAUCUCCAACGACGGCCUCUGGAGAGUAACAUACGGGGAGAUCCCCGGCCUCACGAGAGAGGAGUUACUCGCACGCCAGCCAGAGAAAUUCAAGAAAAUCCUGCCAGGCUACUCAGGACCCGACUGCUACAAACUGGCAAGCAUCAGUCCUUACAGGGUGCAUCAACGACUAGCGAAACAGAUGGUCGUCGGCCGCUUCAUUCUCGCCGCCGACGCCGCGCAUCUGUGUAACCCAUUCGGCGGUCUGGGCCUCACGGGCGGAAUCGUAGAUGUGGGCGGGCUGUACGACUGCCUGGUUGGCAUCUACGAGCGCCAAGCCGACCCAUCCAUCCUGGCGAGGUACGACGAGAUCCGCCGCGAGAAGUACACCACGUUUGUGGAUCCUAUGUCGACCGCGAACCUGCGACUCCUCUUCGAGACCGAUCCCGACGCGGCGCUCGAGAGCAGCGAGUUCCUGAAGAUGUGUAAGCGCGCCGAGACGGAUCGCGCGUUCGCGAAGGAGUUGCAGAUGGGGAUCAAGGCGUUGCAGCAUGACUUUACGGCGGAAUACGGGAAGGCGGUUUCGCUGUUGUAG